UCAUUUUUAUAUUUGUUUACCUAUGGAGUAAAAUACUUGUAUUCUGAUUCUACACAGGCCUGAUCAACGAUGUGCUUAUUAUGCUUUAUGCUACUUGUAACUUGCUAAUGAAGCGCGAUUACACUCGUGACUCGUCCCUGAUGCCGCCUGUCGCACGCUCUUCUCAAGCCAAGAAUCGCAUUCCUUCCUUGCAUACAUAGCAUCAUUUCAUUUGCGUUUUCAUGCAUGCCCCCGUGGGGCCCACCUUAGUAGACUGCGGGCCCACCGGUCAGCCUCCUCUUGUGCAUUAAUUCAGCAAUCCUCCCGCCAUGCAUGUGCCCUACGCUUUCACACCGUUAAUGGUUAGCUUAGCUAGCCCCCGAAGCGGCCGAGCUCCGGUCAUCAUGUCUUGGUCCGGCGAGCUGUCGCCGCCGGCGGCGGCGUCGGGGACUCGCCUCCUCCACGGCGACCUCGACCUCACCAUCCACGAGGCGCGCGGCCUCCCCAACAUGGACUUCCUCUCCACCCUCCUCCGCCGCCUCUGCCUCUGCCUCCGGCCGCCGGCGAGACGGCCCAGCCCCGGCCAGAGCCGCGGCUCUGUCCCGGCCGACGAAGACGGCCGCCGCCAGCCGCACGGCCACCACCUCCUCCCGACGUCCGACCCGUACGCCGCCGUCGUCGUCGCCGGCAACACGCUCGCCCGCACCCACGUCGUCCGCGACUCCGAGGACCCAGAGUGGUCCACCCAUGUCCUGCUCCACCUCGCCCACCACGCCACCGGCGUCGCCUUCCACGUCAAGGACGCCGACCCCUUCGGCUCCGACCUCAUCGGCGUCGCCAUCCUCCCCGCCGCCGACGUCCUCGCCGCGGCCGCCGCGCCCAUCGUCAGGAGGGAGCUCCCCCUGUACCGCCCCGACGGCCGCGGGAGGCCGAAGCCCAGCUCCGCCAUCGUCAUCACCGCCUCGUUCGUCCCCGCCGGCGAGCAUCAGAGCAUCUACGACGCGGAACACGGCGGCGUCCCGGCGGCCUACUUCCCGGCGCGGCGCGGGUGCGAGGUGAAGCUGUACCAGGACGCGCACGUGGCCGGCGGCGAGCUGGACGGCGUGCGGCGGCGCGGGGUGUUCGAGCCGGGGCGGUGCUGGGAGGACAUGUGCCUGGCGGUGCUCGGGGCGCAGCACCUGGUGUACGUGGCGGGGUGGUCGGUGAACACCAAGGUGCGGCUCGUGCGGGAGGCGAUGUCGCCGGAGAUGGCGGCGAAGGUGGAGGAGGUGCGGACGACGGCAACCGACGACGACGACAAUCCGGUGGCGGCGGAGGGCAUGUCGCUGGGCGCGCUGCUCAAGUACAAGUCGCAGGAGGGCGUCCGUGUCUGCCUCCUCGUCUGGGACGACAAGACCUCGCACGACACCUUCUUCCUCAAGACAGGCGGCUUGAUGCAAACACAUGACGAGGAGACGAAGAAGUUCUUCAAGGACUCGUCGGUGAUCUGCUUGCUGUCGCCGCGAUACCCAAGCAGCAAGCUCAGCAUGGCCAAGCAGAAGGCAAGAUAUAAUUCGAUUAAAAAUGGUGCAAUGCAAGCAAAGCAUGCAAGACCCAAUGCUGAGAGGGGCGUGUCAGCCAGCGUGCAGAUUGUGGGGACGAUGUACACGCAGCACCAGAAGUGCCUGCUGGUGGACACGCCGGCGUCGGGGAGCACGCGGCGGAUCACGGCGUUCCUCGGCGGCCUCGACCUCGCCGCGGGGCGCUACGACACGCCGUCGCACAGGCUCUUCGCCGACCUCGGCACCGUCUUCUCCGGCGACGUCUACAACCCCGCGAUCCCGCCGGCGGGGAACAAGGGCGGCGCCGGCGAGGAGGGGCCGCGGCAGCCGUGGCACGACAUGCACUGCCGCGUCGACGGGCCGGCGGCGUACGACGUGCUGGAGAACUUCGAGCAGCGGUGGAGGAAGGCGACGAAGCUGUUCAGAAGGGCCAAGGCGCACUGGAAGGACGACGCCUUGCUCAAGCUCGAGCGCAUCUCCUGGAUCCUCAGCCCCUCCGACUCCGGCGCCGGCGACGGCGACGGCGGCGACAGCCACCUCUACGCCUUGCCCGAUGGUCACCCCGAUUGCUGGAACGCUCAGGUGUUCCGGUCAGUGGACUCUGGAUCAGUGAAAGGAUUGCCUCGUUGCUGGGAGACAAAAAAGAUGGAGGCGAAGCACCUGGUGUGCGACAAGAACGUGACGGUGGAGCAGAGCAUUCACACGGCGUACGUCCGGGCGAUCCGGUCGGCGAAGCGCUUCAUCUACAUCGAGAACCAGUACUUCAUCGGAUCAUCCUUCGCAUGGCCAUCCUACAAGCACCAAGAAGGUGCUGGAAAUCUGGUGCCGAUGGAGAUCGCGCUGAAGGUGGCGAGCAAGAUCGCCGCCGGCGAGAGGUUCGCCGUGUACAUCGUGAUCCCGAUGUGGCCGGAGGGGGUUCCAACCUCGGGCCCCAUCCAGGAGAUCCUCUUCUGGCAGAGGCAGACGAUGCAGGCGAUGUACGAGGUGAUCGCGGCGGCGAUCAGGGCGGCGGGGAUGGAGGGCGCGGCGCACCCGCGGGACUACCUCAACUUCUACUGCCUCGGCAAGCGGGAGGCGGCGGCGGCGGCGGCGGCGGGCUCGCCGGAGCAGGAGCACAACCCGGCGGCCAGCAGCGCGCGGCGGCACCGGCGGUUCAUGAUCUACGUGCACUCCAAGGGGAUGAUCGUGGACGACGAGUACGUCAUCGUCGGCUCCGCCAACAUCAACCAGCGCUCUCUCGCCGGCUCGCGCGACACCGAGAUCGCCGUCGGCGCCUACCAGCCCAAUCUCCGCGCCGGCGCCGGCGCCGGCGACGGCCAGGUGUUCGGCUUCAGGAUGUUGCUGUGGGAGGAGCACCUGGGCAGCAGCGAGUGGCGGGAGCUGAGGUCGCCGGAGUCGCCGGAGUGCGUGAAGCGGGUGAACGAGAUAGCGGCGGAGAACUGGAGGAGGUACGCCGCCGACGACGACGAUGUCGCCAUGCAGGGGCACCUCAUGAGGUACCCGGUGGACGUCGGCGACGACGGCAAGAUCAGCGAGUUGCGCGGGCACGAGUUCUUCCCCGACGUCGGCGGGAGGAUCCUUGGCUCCACCAACAACAACUACUGGGAUUAUCUCACCAUGUAGGCAUGUAGCUGCCUCUGCAUUCCCAAAUUACUAUUCGGAUUAAUAUAUGGGACUUUCUAGGUGUCUUUUGACAGAAAAAACCUCCCUAAAUCUUGCAAAUUAUGAACCGUUGGAUCAAUCGUGCAACAUAAGUAAAACCUACUUUUCCUC